CCGAAAUUGACUUGCACAAAUCUUGGCAUCUUGCCACGCGUCACGUAUGUCAGAAACGUCGACUUGAUGAGUGAGGCAUUGAGCAUGUCAGCAUGGCCCAUGGCGAGAAGGUCCUGUCACUCCCUUCCUUCGUGCAGGGAGAAGGUCGCGCCUCCUUGCGGUGUAUCCUGCAGGCUGAAGGCUUCAACGCGUUGGAACUGCGCUGUGGGCUUUUUGGAUCUGAUCUGGAGCUGCUGGAUGCCAAUGAGUGUCCAGAGAAGUUGGGGUGCAGCCGGAGUGCCGUAGUGUGGGCCAAGGGUCAGGUGCCUGGAAACCUGGAACUCGAGCUCCAACUGCAUGAGCUUCCGCCACUCUUAGAGCAUUUGGUUCUUGCCACUGUGGGACGCACUGGGAGUCAAGGAGGUUCUUUGUACCUGUCCAUCAGUGCAGGCCGUUUCCACCAUCAGUACAAGCGCACUCAAUUUCCAGAGCGUGGGCAAAGCACGUUGGUGCAAGGCUCCAUGCUUGCAGUGCUGUCCAAGAUGCCAAAGGGCUGGCUGCUGCAGGAGGUGGUGCCGAACAUCGGCCUCACUUGUGAACAACAGCAAGAUGCGACGGUGCGUGAACUGUACUGGCCGGAGGUGGGUGUUGCAAUUGAAAGAACUGUUACAUCCGAAGCAGGGCCCUCCAAAACAUGGCUCGAGGUCUUCAGAGCUUAUCCUGAAGGCACAUGUGCCAGUGACGACGAGACGGAGACUGCUAGCCAUGGAAGCCCCUUGGGAAGCAGGCCAGAGUUGGUGACCUCAGUCAGUCCACAGAGCAGCGAGCCUGAAAAACUUGAGAAAGCAUCACUAGGCUCUGGCCUAAGGGAAAGCUGGAAGGCAAAGCAGAGAGAGCACUCUGGGUAUUCUCAUCACGCUCUUCCUCAUGCACCCUCGUCAUUGAGGGACAGGUGGGGUCAGGACAGCUCCGCUUCCUUUGAUUUGGACUUUGGCCCCCCACGGGCCACUCCAGCCGAUCUGGAGCUUCACCGUCACCGUCAGAAGAAUCAGGACCAUCAGGACCAUCAGGUGGCAGAGUUGUGCCAAGAAGCCGGACAACUCUCUGUGAAUUUGAAGUUGUCAGAGGAUCGCCUGCGCACAGCUUUACGUGGUGAGCUCACCCAGCUUCAAGAGGAGAAGAGGAUGUUCUGGGAGACAGAACGGCUGAAGGAGAACCAGGUUCUGAAGCUCCGUUCGGAGUUGGAUCACAGCAUGUCCGAGCUUGCGCAACAGAAUGCGACCUUGCGUGCACAACGUGAGGAGCUUGAGCAGAUAGCCCAGGCAAAAGCCACGGAGAUGUCCAAGCAAGAGCGGCACAAAGGGGAGUUGGUGGCGCUUCGUCAAGAGUUGCAUCGCAUGAAUCAGCAGCUGGCUGAUGAAAAAGGAGCUUGGCAGCAAGAGAAGCAGUCCUUGCAAAUCAACUUGAACGAAGUCAUGUUCAAGGCAGAAGCAGAUAAGGAGAGGCUGCAACAACAAAUCCAUGCUCACAGAGCCGAAAUAUCAUGUUGCCGCUUGGAAGCGCAGGAGGCAGUGGAAGCGAAGCAAGCCAUUGCACGGACACUUGCCAACGUGCCCACGGGGCCCACCGAGGAAGCUUCGCUGGAAGUCGAGCAAAUGCGCUCCGAGCUGGCCAAGAUACAAGCUGAUUUUGCAGAAGAACUUGGCAGCGCAAGAGCUCGUUUAGCAGUGGCCGAACGGCGGAACAAAGAGCUCCUAGAGAGCCUGCAGGGCACGUUGCAAGCACCUCCAGCAGCCAGAUUUCAGCGCCCCGCAUCUCUGCCAGCACCUCCGGCUGCGCUGCCAAAUUCCGAGAUGGAGAGACGUCAUGAUUCUGCGGAGUCACGGGGCCAUGUGCAGCCCCAAGGCAGACGGCCAGAAUCUGAUGUUUGGAAGGUUUGGGCUCAGAAAAAUCUCGCAGAAGAGGUGCCUUGGGACUUCAAUGUUCCAUUUGCACAUUCCACUGGAACAGCUGAACCCCGCACCCUCUGGGAUGGAUCCAAGGCCCAGAGCGGCGCAAGCGAUGCGUCCACCAUGCGUCACCUGGGGCGCCUGCCGUCCGCGCCGUCGGCCGCGCCGUCAAACGACUCUGUGGGCGACCGGCUCCGCCGCGCGGCGGCCCGACGGCGUGCGCAGGGCAAGGCCACACGGGCCUUGGAUGAGGAGUAUGCCCGCUUCGUGAAGGAGUCGUCUAGAGGGAGACCUGGACCUCAGAUCUCCAGCAGAGACCUUAUGGAAGUGAGGCAAGGAAUUCAGAGGUCGAUGGAAAGCCUGGGGCCAGUGGAACCUUUUAUUCUUAGUGACUUGGGCUCGGCCUGAGGUCCUCGCAUUCGCGAUUCCACAAUCCACGCCCCAUGUACAGUCAAGGUUUCACGGGCUUGGGAGAGCAAGCACUCUGCAGAGUGCCAAUCAGAGGGGAUAGAA